AUGUCUAAUAACCAAGUUAAAUGGAGUUGCUCAGUAUGCUCUCUAAAUGGCAGAUACUCUGUUAUGAUCUCUUUCCAGACACACCAUAGAUAUUUUGUAGAUGAUGUACAAAGAAAUUUUCACAAACAAUCUUUGUUACCUAUAGAAGCAGUAGGCAUGGUGAAUGAUGAUGCUAAUGACAUAGAGAUUGAUGCUGAGACAAAUAUUUCUGAAAAUCUUGAAUAUAAUUAUUGUUGUGGUGUAAGUACUGUAAUUAUGACAGCUCAGUUUUGUUUAUUGAGAAAGAACUUUGUAUCAAAGUUUGAUGAGGUUCUUACACUGAACUACCACUGCUAUUUAUAUUGUUUUGGAUCGGGAAAAUUAUAUGACUGGGAUCAGAUUUUAAGGUCAUCUAGCACUGUAUGUGCGAGACUUACAAACACUACAGUAUAUGUAGAUGGGGGGUUCCGCAAGUAA